GUCAUUUUGUACUUGUCAACAGUCAUCACGUCAAAUCGAUAACGAAUGCGAAUAAGCAUAAUAAGCAAUAAUCGACGGAUUUCAUUUUAAAAUAAAAUAGGGUAAAGCAUUAUUGUAAUUCGAUGGACACUAAUAAAGUGAUGAAAAGAAAAAGUCCUUCAAAAAGUGCUGUCUUUGAACUCAGCGAUAACGAUGUGUCACCAGACCAUUCCGACAGUGAUUGUGAUCAACCAAAAUCCAAACUCAUUAAAACUCAAACGGACUUUGUUGAUUCGGUAGUACUCGCAUUCACUAAACUCGAAAAUGAAAAUAAUUUAGAAACUAAACUCGACAAACAAACUGACGAACCUGUUCCAAAAUCAAUUGAAAGUGAUGAUGUUUUGCCAACAAUUUCUGAAGUUUUACAAAAUAAAGAAUUGGAAGAAGGAGAAGUUGAUGAAAAUUCAGGCUCACCUAGACCUCCACUACCUGCAACAAACAAUCUCGAUUCGGAAAAUUGCCUGACUAUAACUUUCAGCAAUGAAAACAUGUCAGAUUUUUACAAAUUAAAAUUUCUGAAAUUCCUUGAAACCUUUAUAGAGUUGGAAGUUACGAGUGAAGACAAAUUGUCUCUCAAAGUUAAAAGAGAUCCUCUAUUAUUGCCCACUGAAUGGGUUGUGGUUGAUGAAGUUAUGGAUACAAAUAUUGCCAAGAUGAAAGAUGUUGAAGAAAAAUUAUGUUCUCCAUUGCCGCCAACCCCUCUAAAAUCUAAGAAGAGAAAAAAGCCAAAAAAAGAAAAAAAUCUCUUUGUUGUUGAUACACAACCACAGAGUGGAACUAAUGAUAAUUCUUGUGCUAAAUAUUCCAGUAAAUUCAACAUUGAAAUCAACGAGAUUGUAGAAGAAGAUACUGUUAAAGCCUCAGCCCAAACCUGUUUUAACUGCGAUGAAAACCAUGCUCUCAAAGACUGUCCAGAACAGAAAAAUUAUUUCAAAAUAAAUCUUAGAAGACAACAAUUCAAGGCUCAAAAACUUGUAUCGCGGUACCAUUUAGAGGAUGAACAGAAAUUUAGUCAUUUGGUUCCGGGCAAGAUUUCUGAUGGUCUGAGAGAGGCACUUGGUUUGAGAAAAAAUCAGUUACCUCCGUAUAUUUAUCAAAUGAGAUUAUUGGGUUAUCCUCCAGGAUGGUUGGAAGAAGCAAAAUUUAUACAUUCAAAUUUGAAGAUGUUUGACUCUGAAGGAAAACAUGUGAAAGAAGGUAGUUCUGGGAGAAGUCAAGGAUUAAAUUCUGAUAAAAUAGUCGAUUACCCUGGAUUCAAUGUACCGAUCCCAAAAAAUUUGAAAGAUGAAUUCAGACAACACCAAGUGCCACCUUAUUCUGAAAAGUACAGCAAAACAGUAAUGUUGGAAUAUUUUGCAAACCAAGUUGUAAAUAAUAAUGACAAUGAUGAUAUGGAUAUAGAAACCUCUGUAGAAAUGGAUGUAACAGAAGAUUUGAAUUGCAGACCAUCUUUACCUAGUGCUGUACUGGAUGUCAAGAAAACUGAAGUUGGAGCACCUUCUCCUUCUCUGACGGAUUUAGAGAAAGCAAAACAAAAUCUUUUAGCAGAACUGAAUGACAAUUCAAGUUCGAAUCCCAAGUCGGAGGAGAAUACAAGUGAAAUACCAGACCGCAAACCAUCAGACAGUUCUGAGGAAAUCAAUAUUCCAGAAAGUAAAGACCUAGAACCCUCUGAAGAAACUUCAAGAAAUGAUACUCCCCAAAUCGAAAAAGAGUCAUCAGAAACUUCUAGCUCAAGUCAAAUAUCACCUGUCAAUAUCAGUUUCAAUAGUGUUAAGGAUAGUUCUUUUGGAACUCCAAUUCUCAAAAGCAAUUCCUCUUUCUCGCGUUUGCCCAAAGCAGAAAAUUUCAUGAAAGAUGUUAGCCCUGUUAUAAAUUUUGAAAAUUUGCCCAAUUCAACAGGUAAGUAUGAACAAAUGACGAAUGUUUUGCAGAAAGUAAGGAAUACAAUGAAACAUUUGCAAAACUGCAAAUCAUGAUAUUGUGAAAAAUAAAAGUGAACAAGAUGUACAAAUAACCUUUUGUAUAAAAAUUUUUAUAAAUAUUACUUUGU